AUGAAGCUCAAAAUGACAACACUGGCCUUCGCCAGCCUCCUCCUUGAAGCAAACUGCUCAACAACCCCCUCCAAACUCAUCCACUGCGUCGACGCGCGCGUUCAAGACUUGAUCCAACGAAUGUCAAUCGAAGAGAAAGCCGGCCAGCUCUUCCAAACCCAACUCCAACAGGGUCCCAAUGGCACCCUCGACACGGGCAACGUCACGGCCCGCCGCAACAGCACUGAGAACAUAAUUGGCGAGAAGCACAUGACACGCUUCAACCUCGUCGGCGAUAUCACGGACGCGAAGCAAGUCGCGGAGUUUGUCAACCUAGUCCAGCAGCGCGCCCUCGAUACGCGAUUAGGCAUCCCAGUGACUCUCUCCACUGAUCCCCGAAACCACUUCACCGAGAACAUUGGUACGGGUUUCCAAGCCGGUGUCUUCUCACAAUGGCCCGAGACUCUCGGCCUUGCUGCCCUGAGGGACCCCGAGCUCGUCAGAAAGUUCGCGGAGGUGGCUCGCGAGGAGUACAUCGCCGUCGGCAUUCGCGCUGCCCUACAUCCGCAGGUCGACCUCGCCACCGAGCCACGAUGGGCACGCCUGGGAAACACUUGGAGCGAGAACGCAACCUUGACCAGCGAGCUUAUUGUCGAAUACAUCAAAGGCUUCCAAGGAAGGGAGAUUGGUCCGCACAGCGUAACCACCGUGACGAAGCACUUCCCUGGAGGCGGCCCGAUGGAGAACGGUGAAGACUCUCACUUCACAUACGGCAAGAACCCGACGUACCCCGGAAACAACUUCGAGUACCACCUCACCCCCUUCAGAGCGGCGAUCGCCGCCGGCGCAAGGCAGAUGAUGCCCUACUACUCCCGUCCCAUCGGCCUAUCUGACAACUCCACCGACUACGAGCCAGUCGGCUUCUCCUUCAACAGGCAAAUCGUCACAGACCUACUCAGAAACCAACUUGGGUUCGAAGGUAUCGUCGUCACCGACUGGGGUUUCAUCACUGAUACAGUGAUCCGAGGUCAAGACAUGCCAGCACGCGCGUGGGGUCUAGAGAACACCACUGAGCUUCAACGCGCAGCCCGCAUCCUCGAUGCCGGGUGUGACCAAUUAGGUGGUGAGCAGCGUACCGAGCUCAUUGUCCAGCUGGUAGAGGAAGGCAUUGUGUCCGAAGACCGCCUCGACAUCUCCGUCAGACGUCUCCUUCGCGAAAAGUUCCUCCUCGGGCUUUUUGACAAUCCCUUCGUCGACCCCGAGGCCGCGACGAGAGUUGUUGGAAACGACUAUUUCCUGCGGCUUGGCAAUGAUGCCCAGCGCAGAGCUUACACUCUUCUCACAAACAAGGAUGAACUACUUCCCCUGAAGCACGUUGGCACAGGAACUAAGUUCUACAUCGAGGGUUUCAACGCCACGUUCCUCGAGGCACGCAACCUCACGGUCGUCGAGACACUAGAUGAGGCAGACUAUGCCUUACUCCGUAUCAAUGCGCCCUACGAGCCUCGUCCAGGUGGCUUCAAAGCAGCCUACCACGCCGGCUCGCUUGAGUACUCGGAUGAGGAGAAGGCGCGCCAGGCCUCGAUCUAUGCGGCCGUGCCCACCAUCGUCGACGUUUUUGACGCCGCUUCUGCGGUGUUGGGCAGCUACGGUAGUGGCAGCGAAGCUUUCUUGGACGUGAUCUUUGGGGUAAGCAACCCCGAGGGCAAAUUGCCUUUCGAUCUCCCGCGGUCACAGCAGGCUGUGGAGGAUGCGAUGGAGGAUGUGCCGUAUGAUACGGCGGAUCCUGUUUUUAGGUUCGGACAUGGGUUACGCUACACCGAAAAAUGUUCGCUUUGAUGGCGACAUGGAGUAAUAUGUGGCUCGAGUCUUGAUGUCUAUUGUUAGACAAGCAGUAG